UGAACAAGGCAAGAAAUAAACGCCUGCUCAGAUGAGCAUCUUGCACAGUGACAUUUUCUGGCAUAUAGCAGUCUCUACGUCCUUUGCCUUGCCUCACUCACUUAGAAAAGACUACACAAUAAGGCCUAAAUAACACUAGACUUGAGAGUUGAGUUGAGAGACUAGAAGCAGAGCAUGAUUACAAAGCCUGGAAAAUACAGGUUUCAGAGAAUCUAGUCUUUUUUCUAAAACUUAAUAAAUGACAUAAAGCAAAGGACAAAAAUUCAGAUUUUAGAGAAUCUUUACAGUUUACAGUGUAGCUGGAGCAAAAAAUCUGGGGAGAAAUCUCAACAUAUAAUUGUUAUAAAUGUUCUUAAAUUACCAUGGCAUAAGCAGUAGCACUGCCUGAGAGUUUCUACCAUAGCUUCCCUGUCCAUUUUUUACCAGAAAUUCUUGCUAACAAGGAACACCAAUGGCUUCUAAGCUUGCCAAAGAAGAGGAAGGCAGCUCCAAAACUAAAAAAAGGCUCGACGAUUGGAAAGAGUUUCUGUUGCCAAUCCAUGAAGCUUCUACUAGUAAACAUGAGCCUACAACACAGGAUGGGAAUACACUCAGGACGCCUCCGGAUAAUAGUAUCUUUCAAAAGGGGUUGUGCAGUUUGAAUUUGGGUUCAGGGAACAUCAAUGGCUACCAAUGAAGAGGAAAGACGCAGCUCCAAAAUAAAAACAAAGCUUGAAAAAUGGAAAUACCCAAAGAUCCCCGUCAAUCAGGUAUACAAGACAAAAAUCUAUAAUAAUCAAAGGAAAGCUGCUAAAGAUUUUGAACAAACCAUCACAUUGAGAGGCGAUGAGCAGAAUGUAUCGGUGAACUUACUAAAAGACUUAAUCAGUAAGAAAGAGUUCGAGCAUGUGCACUUGGGUCUGGUCCAAGUAGCUAUCAAGCCACUGAUGAAUGAUGGAUUAAAAGAUGCAGUUAUAGUGUGUCUUAGAGAUGAAAGGUUUCUAACUUUUGAAAAAUCUUUGUUAGCAGUUGUGGAAUCAAAUCUAUCUCAGGGCCCUUUCUAUUUUAACUGCUUCCCUGGUUACCCGAUUUCUUCACGUAAUUGUGAUGCCUUCACCUUAAGUGUUGUGACGAAUGGGGUACCUUAAGUGUUAACAUAUAGAGUAGUGUGUCACCUAGCAAGGUGUGGAAAUGAAGAUUCGAGGUUCAUCCAAGGAGAAACAACUUAUUUUCAACCCAUGGCCAUGAUCGGGACUCAAAGAACUACUAAAUGGGAUGAGGUGCAAUUUCCAGAGUCGUGGACUCAACAUAAACGACAGGCUUAAGCAAAAGAAUUGGAAAAUGGAAGAAUUCUCAUUGUUGGUUUUAAGCUCCAAGGUAUACUGCAUCAAUAUAUGGGUAGUUGUUUUAACUCUUUUAAGUUUGAAUUCAGUUUCUGUACUAUUUUGAGUAGUCAGGUCUUGAUAUGCUUAAGAUGAUGUUAUUUUUCUUGGAAGGAUUCUGAAGGGGGGAAAAAAGCAUUAGUUGCUGAAAUUAUAUUAGUGUGCCUGGUCAAUUUGUGUUUUUAAGCAUGUAUCUCAAAGGAUAUGUAUUGUAUGAUAUUAGUAUAAUAGUGGACCUGGAGUUGAUUGCA